AUGGGCGUCUUCAUCUCGUUUGGGCGUCUCAAACAAGUCUCCUGCAUGAUCCCGUCGCCUCCCGUUGAUUCUUCGCAGCUGCCGGGAUCCCAGCCCCCCGUUAUGACAAAGGAGGAGAUUGCAAAUGACGCGGACCUGGCCCGAGUGGUUUUCAAGGACAUCCAGGACGACGGCGGCGCGACUUUGACCAGGUUCUUAGCUACAAACAUCGCCUCCGCUCUGCUAAAGGGCGGGUCGUUGGGGGAGAGCGUGGAGGUGCUCGAGCUUGCAUGGGACAGAGGGGUGCAGGUGCACCCCAAUGUCUACGGAUCGGUAUUCGGUAUUUGCGCGCGAGAGAGGGAGUACGAUUGCGUUCUGCGUGCGUGGGACGCUAAGGCGGCUAGCGACUAUGAACGUAUGCCGUGGGAGUACACGUCUGCGCUUUUGGCGGCUGUCCACUUGAAGAAAAACGAGCGCGUGUUUGGGAUGCUCGAUGAAGUGAAAGCCAAUCAAGUGACAGAUGACAAGAUGUACGAGCUUGUUCUAGGAGCCGCGUGCCAAACCAAACAGCACGAGCUUGUCUGUGGGAUUUUGGACUGCAUGCAUGCGAACGGCGUCGACUCUACUAUCGGGUACCGAAAUACCAUCCGACUGGCCUUCAAGUUGGGCGAGUAUGAUUUCAUUCUCGAGCUUUUGCGUCUGAUGAAAGAGCACGACAUCGACCCGACGGGAGCUUACAAGCAUCAAAUCAUGUCACUGGAUAAUGCAGGUUUGCAUCGUCAAGUCCUGGAUGCUUUCGAGGCUUUGCGAAAGGAGGGGUGUAUCUGCGAUGAAAAUACGUACGGAGCUGUCGUGACUUCAGCUGUCCAAGGGAAGGACCGUGAACUGGCACUUUCAAUUCUAGAUGACAUGGAAGAGAACACAAAUUUGUCGAUGGCGAUAACCGAGGUUUUUCCUCGCGCUGUGAGAGCGGCCAUUUGCACAAACCAGCAUCGGCUGGUAUCGGACAUCUUCGACUUCAUGGGUGAAGCUGGCGUGAAUGUACCUGAGGGCGUAUACGUUUCUGCCAUCAGAACCGCCUUCAAGUCGAAGCAAUACGAUUUUGUAAUGGACAUCCUGCGUAAGAUGAAUGGGAGUGGAGUGAGUACGGUGGAUGUGAACGAGGCGUACACCCACGUAGUGAUGUCAUUCAGCAAGGCCGAAUGUUAUGACCACGUUCUGCGUGCCUUCAAGGCAAUGCGCGAACUUGGCUACGAGCAAGACGACGUUCAUUGUACGACAGCCUUGCGAGCAGCUAUCAAACUGAACAGAGACGAUGACGUAGUUGCGAUCUGCAAUGGGCUGGGUGGCACCGCAUUCAGACGCUUAUACUCGAUCGCGUUAAAGUUGGCUCGCGCAGCGAACAAGCAAGCCCUGGUCAACAGCAUUUUGGAUCACAUAAAGCAGUCCAGCACUGGCGUCAGGAAAUCCAUUCCGGAAGACCUCACCACCUCUGCGAAGAAGCCAGCUAUAGCUACGAAGAAGCCCGUCGUAGCUGCGAAAAAGCGCAGUACCGCGGCGAAGAAGCCCACCACUGCUGAAUCGUCAUCAGAUGACACAGGAGCCGUUCCUGCACUUCUGGCGGAGUGCUUGGAGAAAAUAUCUAACACAGUUGACGCUCACAGCAUGGCACUGCAAGGGGCUGACGCGUCCGAGGACACGCAGGCGACGGUGCCCGAAAUUAUGAAUCACUUGCUGAAAGUCGCUGAGGACCCUAGCGCUGUUUAUUGGAUUAUACUACGAAAUGCCACGAGCGCAAAACGGCACGGACUGGUAAUGGCCAUCACAGAUCAUGCUACCAAAAACGGUGUGAAGUUGCGGAGAAACACGCGCGAGAUCAUUCUCGAGAGCUACGUGCGUUUGAACGACCUGGGAAUCGCGCUUGAUGCGAGCAGAAUGCUGAUCAGGGCUGGAAUUGCCACGGCUGAAGACACAGUCUUCCCUUUAAUCAAGUGUGCAGCCAAGCGGGAUGAGUGGGAUAUCGUCAUCGACAUCAUGACGAAUCUCCAGAGCGAAGGCAUGAAGCCUUCUUUAGCCAUUUACACAAUGGCUUUAGGUGAAUGCCUGAAGCGCGGUCACUUGGACAGGGCGGUGGACAUCUACAAUGCGAUGACCGAGUCUCUUCGAGCCCAAUUAUCGGACACAAGCUUGCUUGUAGUGAUUCGCAGUCAUGCGCGUUCUGAGAGCAAGGAGCUGCAGCUGCGCGCCAUGGAUAUAGUCGAUGACUUUCGACACACGCUUUCGCCGCAACAGUACAAGGCUAUGCAGGAGAAAGUGCGCACUAUUCAAGAAGAGGUAGCUGGGAAAGCGUCUGUCACGCUGGAGGCCACUGUGAAGCCUGCUGAUGAAUCAACUGCGGAGGGCACUUCCAGCAAGGGGAUCAUGGGGUAUUUUCUGUCGCUCUUCAAGUGCUAG